AACUAUCGGUUCUUACGAGCACUGUAGCUUCCCUCCAUUCCGAUUUUGGAUUUCUCUGCCUUAAUCAAUUUCCUGGGAAAAUCUGAGAAUUUGGAAACAAAAUAACCGCGCAGCUUGGAAAGAGGCUGACGCUGCAGAUUUCGGAUUCUCUUCUCCUUAAUUUUCCUUCAAACCCAAAAUCCGUUUCUACUUAAGGUUUUGAUCGGGACGCGUUUCUCUUCUCGUGGGAUUUCUCGGAUCGCGCUUUUCUGCGUUCUGGGUUUUUCUGGGAAGAAUCGAUCACGGGGGAAAGUUUUCUCCUUCGGGCGUUUGGAUUGGAGGGGCGAAGGGUGUUUUUCUCAUGGGGUUUCUCUCGUGCUUUACAUGUUCGUUGGAUCUCGCUGUACGUGAUUAACCCAGGUUCUUAGGUUCUCCACUUUCUUGGGUGCUUGAUUUCUGGAGUAUCUGCUCCAGAAGAAUCCAGUUAAUGACACUUUUCAAGCACUUGUCCACUCCCAAUUCCCCUGUGGUAACAUCAUCGGGGUAUUAAGAAAACAUGGGAAUCUUUUCACGCAGCUUGAUCAGUAGAAGAUCAACAGAAGGCAUGAAGCUUGUUGCAACAGCAUUUCUCGGAAUAGCUUUCGGGUUUUUUGUCGGGAUAUCCUUUCCAACAUUAUCAAUCACUAAGGUGAGCCUCCCAACAAAUCUUCUUUAUUUCGCCGAUCUCUCAUCUGUAGAAGAAAGAGGUUCGUCUGUCCCUACUCCAGCCGAUCAUAAAGCAUGGUCCUCGUUGAAGGGUAACGACAGUAGAUCGUCAGCUCCAGAUUCCAUUGAUAAAUCCCAGAUAUGGGUUCCUUCAAACCCUCGAGGUGCUGAAAGGUUGCCUCCCGGUAUUGUUGCUGCCGAAUCAGACUUCUACCUGCGCAGAUUGUGGGGAUUACCAGAAGAGGAUUUAACAAGCAAGCCGAGAUAUCUCGUGACGUUUACGGUUGGGUAUGAUCAGAGGAACAAUAUCGAUGCAUGUGUUAAGAAGUUUUCAGACAACUUUACGAUUGUUCUGUUCCACUACGAUGGCCGGACAACCGAGUGGGAUGAAUUCGAGUGGUCCAAGCGAGCAAUCCACAUUAGCGUUAGGAAGCAGACGAAAUGGUGGUACGUGAAGAGGUUUUUGCACCCCGAUAUCAUAGCAGCGUAUGAUUAUAUAUUCGUAUGGGACGAGGACCUUGGAGUAGAGCAUUUUAAUGGCGAAGAAUACAUAAAGCUCGUGAAGAAGCACGGUCUAGAGAUUUCUCAGCCGGGAUUGGAACCAAACAGAGGGUUAACUUGGCCGAUGACAAAGAGAAUAGAAGAUCUUGAAGUCCACAAGACAACUGAAGAGAAACCCGAACUGUGCUCAGACCCGCUUCUGCCACCAUGUGCUGCAUUUGUUGAGAUAAUGGCUCCAGUGUUUUCAAGAGAUGCAUGGCGAUGUGUUUGGCAUCUGCUUCAGAAUGAUUUGGUUCAUGGAUGGGGCCUUGAUUUUGCACUCCAAAGAUGCGUCGAGCAGCCUGCCCAUGAGAAGAUAGGAGUGGUGGAUGCUCAAUGGAUUGUUCAUCAAACUGUUCCUUCCCUUGGCAAUCAGGGAGAGGCACGAGACGGGAAAGAGCCAUGGGAAGGGGUAAGGGAACGGUGCGAAAGGGAAUGGACCAUCCUCAAGGAUAGAAUCGCAGACGCAGAAAAGGGCCACCUCAAAUCUCUAAACGCAAACGCUGACUCCAACUCAACCGCCCGGUAGGAGUUUUAACGUUCAGAAACCGUAGCCGCCACUGACUAUCCGCGAGAAAGAUUCAGUCUUUAGUGUCUUACGUUAACAUAUAAUCGGUAUAUGUUUGUGUAUGUAUAUACCCAACAAAACAUUUUUUCCAUCCAAUCAAAUAAAAGAGGGUUUCCGUUAUCCGAUUUUUACCGUUGCAGCUGUAAUUUGUCUGGAUUUCAACCAAGAGGGUUUCUGUCUCGCUGACGUGGCAUGCUGACUACUGCGCGUUCACGUGUCGGCUUGACUCAGCGAGUUUAGCGAACUGGGGGGUAAUCUGAAAGCUCUUCCAAGAAGCACCACGUGGCUGGUCCUCCAACCGCUGAUCGGGACACGUGUCAGAGAUGGAGCAAGCAGACACGAAUACAGAUUUAUGAUUUAAACCCGUUUUUAAUCGCAUCGAUCUCUGUCGCAAUCAUGGGUGGUCUCUACGAGAACCUCACACGUGCUGACACGUGUUUAAACGGCUAAACCUAACCGUUUUCUAACGCUUCAGAACAUGGUUAACUUUUGAGUGGUUGGCAUGAACCCCCCCUUUAUUAAUCACCGAAAAGCCGCCUCCUUUUUUUUUUGUUUAGUUACAAGGUGCCAAGAUCGGCUCAUAAUCAAUCGACCAGAGAAAAAAAACGAUAUAAGAUCAUUGUAGAAGGAUGGGCCUUUCGCAUUUCCCGACAGCAUCCGAUGGCGUUCUUCCACUUCUGGUGAUGAACACGGUUGUUUCAGUGUCUCUGUUGAAGAACAUGGUGAGGUCUGUCCUCAACGUGGCGGAAUCCGAGGACGAAGAUUCGAGGGAGGUAGAGGGAGAAAACCCAGAUGAGGAUUCUACGGGUAGAAGGAGAAUCUCGAUAACCCAGUUCAAGUCUCUGUGCGAGAACAGAGGGGAAGGAGAGAGAGGUGGGUGUAGCGGUGACGUCAUCAAUGGCGGAAUCGGCGAAGGGACAGGAGUUGCGGAGUGUUGCGUGUGUCUCUGUGGGUAUAAGGAGGAAGAAGAAAUCAGUGAAUUGGAUUCCUGCAGGCAUUUCUUCCACAGAGCCUGUCUGGACAGAUGGUUGGGCAGCAGACACACGACCUGUCCUCUCUGCAGAUCCAUUCUCUGAUUCUGUAAAUGUUUUUGUUUUUUGGCCACAGAAUCUGUCUUUGCACUUACCCUUUUGGUAUGGGUUUUUUCCCAUUAAUAAAGAUUAUCCCUGAAUUGCACGA